AUGACUAUUGAGGAAGAGGUUGAAGUACCUCCCUUCCCUCAUCGUCAGCUAAAGAACAACCUAGACAAGCAGUUUGGUAAGUUCUUAGAAGUGGUAAAACAUCUGCAGGUAACGGUCCCUUUCACUGAAUUAAUUACUCAAGUACCUGCAUAUGCUAAAUACAUAAAAGACAUCUUGACUAGGAAGAGAGCAUUUAGUGAGGUGGAGACUGUUGCAUUUACUGAAGAGUGCAGUGCCUUACUACAAAAUAAGUCUCCACCCAAGUUGAAGGACCCCGGGAGUUUCUCUAUCCCGUGUAAUAUUGGCAACCUUUUUAUUGACAAAGCCUUAUGUGAUUUAGGUGCCAGUGUUAGUGUCAUGCCCCUGUCUGUAUGUACUAAGUUGAACAUGGGUGAUUUAAAAGUUACCAACAUAACUCUGCAAAUGGCUGAUAGAUCUGUAAAAUACCCCCUAGGUGUUCUAGAAGAUGUGCCUGUUAGAGUAGGUAAAUUUUUUAUCCCUGUUGAUUUUGUUGUGUUGGACAUGGAAGAGGACAGGCAGAUUCCUAUUAUUUUAGGUCGACCUUUCCUACACACUGCGGGGGCAAUCAUAGAUGUCAAGAAUGGCAAGCUGACCUUAAAUGUGGGGGAUGACAAGGUUACUUUCAAUUUAACCCAUGUUGCUAAGAGCCCUAUGGUAGAGGAGUCA